AUGAGUGAAAUUGGUGUCCAUGCAAAAGAUGAGGAAUUAUAUGAGGAAGGAAAUAUAAGCUUAUUUAUGUAUGAUCAAGGAUCUAAGUGUCAAGGAGGAGAUGUUGAUCAAAUACCAGUUGUGAGAGAAUUUGGUGAUGUAUUCCCUGAAGAGAUUCUAGGAAUGCCACAUAGUAGAGAAGUGGAAUUUACGAUAGCUGAUUUCAGUGACUGCACCUAUUUCAAAAGCACCUAUCGUAUGGCUCCUAAGGAGAUGCAAGAGAUGAAAGAGUCAGUGGAGGAGCUGUUGAACAAGGGGGUAGCCUUUUUGAGGCAUAUUAUCUCUAAGGAGAGAGUAUCAUUUGAUCCAUCUAAAGUUCAAGUAGUGAUGGAUUGGCAUGUACCUAUGAAUAUGGCGGAAGUUCAAAGUUUCUUAGGACUCACGGGCUAUUAUAGGAAGUUUGUGAAGGAUUUUUCAAAGAUAGCAAAACCAUUGACUAAUUUGAUGGAAAAAGUUACAAGAUUCUAG